AUAAAGGCGUUGGAGUGUCAUCUGGGGCCAGGUGCCCCACACUCUAGGAAUUUUCCACUUCCUGGGUCACACGUACACAAAAGUAUCUGUGUUUCCUCGUUUUAACAAAGUUCAGGCCUGUGCUGGGCAGGUGAGGCAGCAUGGAGAACUGGGCCAGGUCCUGUCAUCGAUAGUAGAUUCCUCCUCCCUUUCCCGUCCCCUGAGCCCCUCUUCCCAGCCUCUCCUGUCUGGGUUUGCACCAACCAGAGAGUAAAUGUGUGUUCCUUCCCCCUCUCUCCCAGCAGCGUCUGUCUCCACGAGAGUAUGAAGAGAGUGCGCCUAUAGGGCAGGGAAGAUGGCGGACAAGCGCAAACUCCAAGGUGAGAUUGACCGCUGCCUCAAGAAGGUGUCCGAGGGCGUCGAGCAGUUUGAAGACAUCUGGCAGAAGCUCCACAAUGCAGCCAACGCGAACCAGAAAGAAAAGUAUGAGGCUGACCUAAAGAAGGAGAUUAAGAAGCUUCAACGGCUGAGGGACCAGAUCAAGACAUGGGUAGCGUCCAACGAGAUCAAGGACAAGAGGCAGCUCAUAGACAACCGCAAGCUCAUUGAGACGAGGAGGGGAGGGGUCAAGGUCGUGGAGCGAGAGACCAAAACCAAAGCCUACAGCAAGGAGGGCCUGGGCCUGGCGCAGAAGGUGGACCCCGCCCAGAAGGAGAAGGAGGAGGUCGGCCAGUGGCUCACGAACACGAUCGACACCCUAAACAUGCAGGUGGACCAGUUUGAGAGCGAAGUGGAGUCGCUGUCGGUGCAGACGCGCAAGAAGAAGGGCGACAAGGAUAAGCAGGACCGGAUCGAGGGCCUGAAGCGGCACAUCGAGAAGCACCGCUACCACGUGCGCAUGCUGGAGACCAUCCUGCGCAUGCUGGACAACGACUCCAUCCUGGUGGACGCCAUCCGCAAGAUCAAGGACGAUGUGGAGUACUACGUCGACUCCUCUCAGGACCCCGACUUCGAGGAGAACGAGUUCCUCUACGACGACCUGGACCUCGAGGACAUUCCACAGGCGCUGGUCGCCACCUCCCCCCCCAGCCACAGUCACAUGGAGGACGAGAUCUUCAACCAGUCGAGCAGCACGCCCACCUCCACCACCUCCAGCUCGCCCAUCCCGCCCAGCCCGGCCAACUGCACCACGGAAAACUCUGAAGAUGACAAGAAGAGGGGACGCUCCACGGACAGUGAAGUCAGCCAGUCUCCACGGGUGCUGGGGACCAGGGGGUCCUGGGGAGCAGCGGGUGCUGGGGAGCGGGGUGCUGGGGGAGCUGCCGGUGGCUUCUUUCAUCCCCUCUUCCUUCCCCUAGGUUACAGCUCCGUCGUAGCGGACAGCCCGGCGGAGGUGGCUCUCAGCAGCAGUGGGGGCAGCAGUGCCAGCAGCCAGGCUCUGGGCCCCCCAUCUGGCCCCCACAACCCACCCUCCAGCACCUCGAAGGAAUCCAGUGCAGCUGCCCCAGCAGGCGCUGGGGGCGUAGCCCCAGGCUCAGGGAACAACGCUGGGGGACCCAGCCUCCUCGUGCCACUUCCUGUGAACCCUCCCAGCUCCCCGACACCCAGCUUCAGUGAUGCCAAGGCAGCUGGCGCCCUGCUCAACGGACCCCCGCAGUUCAGCGCUGCCCCGGAGAUCAAGGCCCCCGAGCCCCUGAGCUCCCUGAAGUCCAUGGCAGAAAGGGCAGCUCUCAGCUCCGCCAUCGAGGACCCCGUGCCAACGCUGCACCUGACUGAGCGAGACAUCAUCCUGAGCAGCACGGCAGCUCCCCCGGCCUCGGCCCAGCCGCCUCUGCAGCUCUCCGAGGUGAACAUCCCGCUGUCCCUGGGGGUGUGCCCCCUGGGCCCCGUGCCCCUCACCAAGGAGCAGCUCUACCAGCAGGCCAUGGAAGAGGCCGCCUGGCACCACAUGCCCCACCCCUCGGACUCUGAGCGGAUCAGACAGUACCUCCCCCGGAACCCCUGCCCUCGCCGCCGCCGCCGCUGUCCCCCCUCGGGCUGGAGGGGUGAGGGCACUAAGGCGCAGUACCUGGCAGCCAAGGCCCUGAAGAAGCAGUCGUGGCGGUUCCACACCAAGUACAUGAUGUGGUUCCAGAGGCACGAGGAGCCCAAGACCAUCACGGACGAGUUCGAGCAGGGCACCUACAUCUACUUCGACUACGAGAAGUGGGGCCAGCGCAAGAAGGAAGGCUUCACCUUCGAGUACCGCUACCUGGAGGACCGGGACCUCCAGUGACACCGGCCCGCCCCCACCCCACCCCAGCAUGCUGACUCCCUGCCCCGAGGGCUCUGCCCUGGAAGAUGGGGAGGCCCCAGGCCAUGGGGCAGCCCCCUCCCCCAGGAAGCAAGGAGGGGCCGGGAGGUUUUCUCUUCCUCUCAGCCCCAGCCUGGGGGCCUGGGGGCGAGGGCUGCCCCCUCCUCCCCUCUCGAGUUGAGGGACAUUUUUUGGUAAACCUAUUUUCAUUUUGGAAAAUAUUUAUGAAUAAAUAGUUUUAUAUGA